AUGAUCCAAUACUUCGUGAACAACAACUUCGGAGAAGAAGAAGACUUGCAGUCGAAGAAAACCACAACCAAACGGAAAACUGGGUUCAACAACAACAAAACCACCCAACCUGUCACAUCAACGAGGCUCGACUUCGACUCGAUCAGGUUCCCAAAGCCGAAGAUUGAAAUACGCAGACCCGUAUUACCCCCACUUAUCAUGGCCUCCACGAUCUUCCCAAACUCGAACCACCAGCCAAGGGUACACCCGUACUCUCCUUCGAAGAGGGACACAUUCGCAUUCCACUCGGUCACCACCCGCUGGCCGAAGAUACUCACUCAGGUCAUCGAUCAUCUGGUCGACCAAAACAACCAACUACUAGAUCGACUGGCCUCCGAUCCUGAUUCCCCAUCGCUCAAACCCAAACUGUCCCAGGGUAAAGCUAUCAUCAGUCUGAUUUCAGAACUCAAGUAUGAGGCAGCCAGAGAUAAAGAGCUAUCCCCCUUGCAAUCCAACCAAGAUUUUACCCAACAAGAAAAUCAGAUCAUUAAUCUAUACAACCAAGAGCUCUCAAAAUCUAAAGCGGCCGGUAAAUCAACUUGGUUCUCCGCAUCUUGGCUUUUAACCGAAUGCUAUUUAUAUCAGCGAUUACAUGGUUUCUUUAAUCAACAUGAACACUGGAGAAACUUCGAUCCAUUCGAGCACCAAAAACUAUCUAGCUUCCGAUCCUCUUGGAGUGCGGUGUCGAACCUCUGUUUAAUCCUGGAUCGGCUUACCCAACAAAAACAGCAAUCCUCUUCCACCGGAAAUGAUGUUCUUGAGCUCCGGGCUCAGUUUAACGAGCUGUUGAGUGCUUGUCUGUGGGGUAACGCAACUGACCUGUCUUUACUUCCCAACAUGACCCACGAAGAAAUCCAACAUCUUCAAACUAGCGGAUCAAGGAAGCCGGAAUCGGUCCUCCGAGAUGACUCUGCUCAAGUUUGGCAAACUUGUUUCGACUAUAGCAGCAGUGAGCCCGGCCAGACACGGCCUUGCCCCAGUAGAAUCGACUUCGUCUUAGAUAAUGCAGGGUUCGAGUUGUUCACUGAUCUAGUGUUGGCUGACUGGAUGAUUUCAAACUCCAAAGCUACCCAAAUAGUCUUCCAUCCAAAGUUGAUCCCUUGGUUUGUAAGCGAUGUGAUGAAAAAAGAUAUUGUCCAACUGCUUGAUUCGAUGCUCGACCCUCGCAAGUUCUUUACCCCGACGGACCCCGACCCAUCAUUGACUACCGCAGAUCAGGAUCCUUCGACUUCUUCCUCAGAUCAAACACUCGAUUCACAUUUUCUCGUUGUUCAGCAGAUCGGCACCAGGUGGAAGAGUUACUUCGACUCCGGUGUGUGGAAAGUCAUGGAUUCGUCACUCUUAUCCUUUUGGACCAAUCCGUUACCGUUUUGGGAUAUUCCAUCUCGAGAUCGAAACUUAUUAGAGGAGCUACAAGCGGCUGACCUAGUGAUUUUCAAGGUGGAUGUCUGA